UGAGAGCCGCGGAGACCUCAGACGGACCUUGGCCCGCGCUCAGACAGCUUCACGCGUAAGCCUGAGGCGCGCCCCCAGCCAGCCAUGGCCCGGCUGCUGCGGGCAUCCUGCCUUCUCUCCCUGCUCCUGGCUGGCUUCGUCCCGCCGAGCUGGGGUCAGGAGAAGUCGAAGACUGACUGUCAUGGCGGCAUGAGCGGCACCAUCUAUGAGUACGGAGCCCUCACCAUUGAUGGGGAGGAGUACAUCCCCUUUAAGCAGUAUGCUGGCAAAUACAUCCUCUUUGUCAACGUGGCCAGCUACUGAGGCCUGACAGGCCAGUACAUUGAACUGAAUGCACUACAGGAAGAGCUUGCACCAUUUGGUCUGGUCAUUCUGGGCUUCCCUUGCAACCAAUUUGGAAAACAGGAACCAGGAGAGAACUCCGAGAUCCUAGCCUCCCUCAAAUAUGUCCGCCCAGGUGGAGGCUUUGUCCCCAACUUCCAGCUCUUCGAGAAAGGGGAUGUGAACGGGGAGAAAGAGCAGAAGUUCUACACUUUCCUGAAGAACUCCUGUCCACCCACCUCAGAGCUCAUGGGCUCACCUGGCCGCCUUUUCUGGGAUCCCAUGAAGGUCCAUGACAUCCGCUGGAACUUUGAGAAGUUCCUGGUGGGGCCAGAUGGUCUGCCUGUCAUGCGCUGGUACCACCGGACCACAGUCAACACCGUCAAGAUAGACAUCCUGAACUACAUGAGGCGGCAGGUGGCCCUGGGGGCCAAGAAGUAACUGUUGCCCGCCCCACCCCAUGUCCACCGUGCAGGGGCUGGGGGGCUCUGUCCAGGAAGGAAUCCAUCUCCUACCACACUACACACCCACCAUGGACCCCUCCUAUUAUACAAGGCCCCUGCCUGACACAGAUAUGUGCAUCCGACUAUAAUGUGCACUGCUGUGUGUGCAGUUUUUGCACACAUACCCACAGGUGUGUGUAACCACGUGUGCAAGGUGUACCACCAUGUGUGCCUAGUGAGUGAAUAUCCAGGAAAUGUGUACCCACGUGUGUGCCCACAGCUGUGUGCUUGGUAGAGUGCUGGGGAGUAACACUCCUUCCUCACCAGUUCUGUUCCAAUGAUAACCAUUCACUUUCACCUGAGCCUAAAGGAGCUACAAGGUCCAUUUGUCCUGCUCAAACCUGGACCUCAAUGUUGAAGCUAAUUAUCUCCCACUGCCUCCAAGUACAGCCCCCCACUGGGGUCCCCAGAAGCCUCUGGUUCUACCACACCGUCCAACCGCCCCUCCAUCAUAUAGGCAGAUUUUGUCCCAGCCCCUUCUCCUUCCUGAAGGGCCCUCCCAAGCCCCUGUCCCCACCCAGUAGUGCUCCCUGACAUCAGCCACGGCAGAGGUGAGAGCAAAGGCUACGUCCCCGUGUCAAGAGCGGCAUCUCCAUGAUGGUGGGGCCCGAAGCCCCUGUGGCGGACCUCCCCAGAGCCUGUCCCAUGGGCCAGCCCUUAGUGCAUUCAGGCAAGGCCCUGGACAGGGAUGCCAUCCCCGCUCUUUCAGGGCACGUGCCCUCACCCUCACCCUGGUCCAUUGGCGCUAGACUCAUGCCCCUGUCUGCCCAGUAAAGGCCUUUCUGCA